AUGAGGACGGCGGCCGUUCGAGCUCUGCGCAAUGCCAAGCUGAGUGCAAAGGCACCGAGAAGCGUUGUCAGGAAUUAUGCGACAAUCGGAGACUCCAUCCAAAAAGAUCCUGUCGAGUUAGACCACAUCACACAGCUCUCCAACGGCGUCCGCGUCGCCACCGAGUCGCUUCCCGGCCCUUUCUCUGGUGUGGGAGUUUACAUCGACGCCGGGUCCAGAUACGAGGAUGAAUCACUGCGAGGUGUCAGCCACAUCGUUGACCGACUAGCAUUCAAGUCUACCAAGGCAAGAACUGCCGAUCAGAUGCUGGAAGCACUGGAAUCGCUUGGGGGCAACAUCCAGUGUGCCUCUUCCAGAGAAGCUUUGAUGUACCAAUCCGCAACCUUCAACGCCAGUGUCCCGGACACGGUCGCCUUGCUCGCAGAGACCGUUCGAGAUCCGUUAAUCACAGAGCAAGAGGUGGAACAGCAGCUGCAGACCGCGGAAUAUGAGAUUCAAGAGAUUUGGGCCAAGCCCGAUUUGAUCAUCCCGGAAUUGUUGCACAUGGCGGCUUACAAAGACAACACGCUGGGCCACCCUCUGCUAUGUCCUCGAGAGAGACUGCCUUACAUCAACAAAGAUCUGAUUGAGAAAUACCGAAGCACAUUUUACAAACCUGAGCGGAUAGUCGUCGCAUUUGCUGGCAUUCAACAUGACGAGGCUGUGCGAUUAGCGGAAAAGUAUUUCGGAGAUAUGGCCAAGUCAGCCGGCCCUUCGCUGUCACAGGCUGCUACAGAGUCGUCGACGGUUGACUCACAACCCUCAAACCCGCACCUCCAGUCACCUCCACAAUCUCCUACGAGCAAGCUUCUAUCGAAGAUUCCCGGCUUCAACACCUUUUCGACCUCAGCUCCUCACCAAGCUACCGUAUCGCCCCUUGAUCCGUCGCUCAUCCAACCUCGACCCGAAUCCCUUCUCACCAUGCCAGCCCACUACACAGGAGGCUAUCUCGCACUUCCAACACUCCCUCCGCCUCCCAACAAGUUCACCAUACCUCUUUCUUACGUGCAUAUCGCCUUUGAAGGCCUUCCAAUAUCUUCCGAAGAUAUCUAUGCUCAGGCCACCUUGCAAACGCUACUUGGAGGCGGAGGAUCCUUCUCCGCGGGCGGUCCUGGCAAAGGAAUGUAUUCUCGACUCUACACGAAUGUCCUCAACCAGCAUGGCUGGGUGGAGAGUUGUGUUGCGUUCAACCACAGCUACACCGACAGCGGCCUCUUCGGUAUCGCAGGCGCUUGCGAGCCUGGGCGAGUCGGCCACAUGGUUGAUGUCAUCUGUCGAGAACUACAAGCGCUUACACUAGACUCCGGCUUCUCUAGCUUGAAUCUUGCCGAAGUCAACCGCGCGAAAAAUCAACUUCGCUUUAGCCUGCUCAUGAACCUCGAGUCACGAUUAGUCGAGCUGGAAGAUCUCGGCCGGCAAGUUCAAGUCCAUGGUCGGAAAGUCGGGGUCAAAGAGAUGUGCGAGAAGAUUGAUGCUCUCACCGUGGCAGACCUUCGGCGAGUCGCCACGCAGAUCUUCACCGGAAACGUGGACAAUGACGGUCACGGCAGCGGCGCACCAACAGUGGUCAUACAGGAGGGAGAGGCUGCGAACGGGAAAAAGGUCAAACAAAUACCGUGGGAGGAUGUCCAGUCGCGCAUCGCCCGAUGGAAAUUGGGAAGAUUGUGA